UGGAGAGCAGAAAUGAGGUGACUAAGAGUGGUUCCCACCAAACCCCUGAAGACCUCAAUUUAGAUAAAAGAAUGGCGAACUCCUUUUCAGCACAGAACAUCGUUUCACUUUCAGAUCUGCGUCCAAAUCUGGCUCAUCCUAGUAUAAUCGGUAUGGUUAUUGGGAAAACAGAUGUCAAAGGCUUUCCAGACAGAAAAAAUAUUGGGUCAGAAAGGUACACUUUCAACUUCACCAUUCGAGAUUCACCAACUUAUUUUAUAAAUGUAACAUCCUGGGGAAAGGAAGAUUAUAUUAAAUCACUUUCCAAAAGUUUUAGAGUUGGUGAGUGUGUGAUAAUUGACAAUCCAUUAGUGCAGACAAAGGAAAUAGAAAAAGAAGAAAAAUUCAAUCCUACAACUCCAAGUUCCUAUAAACUGUUGCUCAGUGAGAAUCAUUCUGUGGUCAGAGUUUGCUCCAGCUAUCAAGUGGACAUUAAGUUACUUUCCUUGUUGCAUUUACCUAUAAAAGAUUCUCAGGAUUACUAUUCGCUAGGUGAUAUUAUUGCAAAUGGUCAGACACUUGAUGGAAGAAUUAUCAAUGUGCUUGCAAUCGUAAGAUCGAUUGGAGAACCAAAAUACUUUACAACCUCAGACCGAAGAAAGGGUCAAAGAUGUGAAGUAAAGCUAUAUGAUGAAACAGAGUCUUCUUUUGCAAUGCUAUGCUGGGAUAAUGAAUCUAUUCUACUUGCACAGAGUUGGAUACCACGAGAAACAGUAAUAUUUGCUGCAGAUAUAAGAAUAAAUUUUGAUAAAUUUCGAAGCUGUAUGACUGCAACUGUCAUCUCGAAAACCAUUAUUACAGCUAAUCCAGACACACCAGAAGCUAAUAUCCUAUCAAACUUUGCAAGAGAAAAUGCAGAAGCAACAGCUCUAGAUGAUGAAAUUGAGGCUCAAUUAAAAGAAUCCAUAAAUUUACAGACAAUAGUUGAUGUGUAUACAGUAGAACAAUUAAAGGCAAUAGCCUUGAAGAAUAAGGGAAAAACUUACCCCUUCUACGGCAUCCUUUACGCUCACAUUUCUACAUUGAACAUUGAUAAUGAAGCUGUGAAAAUAGCACGAAACAGAUGUUCAGGCUGUGGUUAUUUUGUAAGUGAAGCAUCUAGCACUUGUACAUCUUCAUUCUGCAACAAAGAUUUUUCGGGACAUAAAUCUGUGUUUCUCAGCUUUGAUUUGCUGAUUGAUCUCACUGAUCACACCGGCACUCUUCAUUCCUGUAACCUUACAGGAACUGUUGCUGAGGAAACUCUAGGCUUCACGGUACAUGAAUUUCUUGCGCUAACAGAAGAACAGAAAACAACAAUAAAGUGGCAAUUUCUCUUGGAAAGAAGCAAAAUUUAUUUAAAAUUUGUGUUAUCACCCAAGGCAAGAGGUGGACUGAGAACUGAUGUGCUUUCAUGUAAGCUUGCUGAUCCUAUUGAAGCCAGUAGGAUGUUGUCUGGAAAGAGUAAUAAAUUUGAAAAUCUGAAAAGCUAUUAG